GGUCCGAGCGCGCGUGGUCGGCGUGAAGUCGUCCGGACCGUCCUUCCCGAAGGUUCCAGAAGGGUGAAGCGCGCUGAUGGGCUUUGGCCUUGGCGCACUUUGAGCGGCCGGUUCUUGCUUGCUGUGCGACCUGGGGGCCGUGACUCACGUUCUAAACGGGGCGCCUAGGACCUGCCCCCCCGGGUGCUGAGAGGAUCUCACGAGGCGCGUGAGAAGUGCCCGCGCGUGGCGGCCGACGCUCGGGAGGUCACCCCGCGCGCACCUGGAAGCGACGUACCCGUGAGCCCUCGGGAUGUCGUACAUGCUCCCCCAUCUCCACAAUGGCUGGCAGGUGGAUCAGGCCAUCCUGUCCGAGGAAGACCGAGUCGUCGUCAUCCGCUUUGGACACGACUGGGACCCCACCUGUAUGAAGAUGGAUGAAGUGCUGUACAGUAUAGCUGAAAAGGUUAAAAAUUUUGCAGUUAUUUAUCUUGUGGAUAUUACAGAAGUACCUGACUUCAACAAAAUGUAUGAGUUAUAUGAUCCAUGUACUGUCAUGUUUUUCUUCAGGAACAAGCACAUUAUGAUUGAUCUGGGAACUGGGAACAACAACAAGAUCAACUGGGCCAUGGAGGACAAGCAGGAGAUGAUCGACAUCAUUGAGACAGUGUACCGGGGUGCCCGGAAAGGGCGCGGCUUGGUUGUGUCUCCGAAGGACUACUCAACAAAGUACAGAUACUGACGUGCUCGCCAUCACUUGCUGAGAGCCGCUAUUAUUCUUUGUAUAUAUAUAUGUGUUGUGGAGAUGUUUUUAAACUAAUGUUUGGAAAAGUAAAGCUCAAGUCGCUGGAGUAUUUCUUUGGGGUAAGGAUUGCCUAGCCUUACAUUUUCAGUCCACCUGUUCAUCCUAUUUUUAUAUGAGCAAAUAUCUAUAAAUAUCUAGCUGAAACAAAUAAAAUACCUGGUGAUAUGAAUAGUUAUUACUCUUUGUCUUUUAAGAAACUUGAUGUAUGGAUUAUUGGUCUUGGUAGUUAAAAUUAGAGUGAAAAAUUCACAUUUGAGUGAGAGUGAUGUGUUCAUAAAGCCUGUAGAAACCAUGACCAUUUGAUUAAUAUACUGUAGUUAAAAAA